AUUCAUAAUUUCUUCCUGAUGAAUAAUAAUCUUAGGUCUGAGGUUUUAACUCAUGUAUUAUGAGAGUGUAGGAUACUUUGGUUAUAAAUUGCAUGUAAUUUAUGUAUGUUUGUAAUUUGAUAAUGUCUUGUUUUGUGUUGAAAUUCAGCUAUCAUGCAUACUACGCUUUAAUUAUAGUUUAUGUAUAAAUUAAUUAAAUUAUAUAACAGUAUUUGAAGGUCUAUAACAUUUUAAAGUCAAUUUGUAAAUUAUGUAGCGUUUGUACUCGAUACGGAGGAAUUUUAUAUGAUCGUAUUCCAACAAGUUGCUUCUAGAUAUGGCAAAGAAUUUACAUUUGAGUUAAAAAGUAAAAUAAUGGGUAAACAGAGCCAGGAACUAGCGAGUUCUAUUAUUAAUGAGCUCAACUUGCCAUUAUCCGUAGAUGAGUUUCUUUUAGAAACAAGAAAGAUUUUCGAUAAACUAGUUUUACAAUCAAAAGUAAUGCCAGGCGUUGAGAAACUUCUGCGCCAUUUACAUAAACACAAGGUUCCAAUGGGUCUUGCAACUAGUAGUAGUAAGGAAACAUAUGACUUGAAAGUUACUCAUCAUCAUGAGCUUUUUCAAUUGUUCCCCAAUAAAACUUGGGGAUCAUCAGAUCCUAAUGUGAAAAAAGGAAAACCUUAUCCUGAUAUAUUUCUAAUAGCUGCCGCCAAGUUUCCGGAUGCACCAAGCCCAGAUAAGUGCUUAGUAUUCGAAGAUUCCUUAAACGGUGUGAAAGCAGCAGUUGCGGCUGGUAUGCAAGUGGUGAUGAUUCCAGAUCCGCGUUUCGAUCGUAAUCAAGCGCCCGAGGCAACACUUAUACUAAACUCAAUGGAAGACUUCCGGCCGGAAGUGUUUGGUUUGCCGCCAUUUGAUGAUUAGAAUAUUAUAUAUAAUGUUCCUUAACAGUCCACACAAUAGCUAUACAAUAAUUAUCAAUAACAGUGCAUCGCAUUUCAGCUACAACUGCAUCUUCCAAUCACAACUAAAUAAGUAUAACGAUAUAGUAUUCUAAGAUUUCAUUGAUAUGAAAUACUCAGUUUAUUGGAGUCAGCGAAGCUGCGAUAAAAAAAUCAUCAUUUGCCAAUCGUGGUCCAUUGCUGGACGUAGAUCUCUCCUAUGUUGCGCUAACAGUCUCGUUUCCCCACCAUCGGCAUCGGCAGUGGGAGCCCCACAACCUUCUUCAGGCAAUCGUUUCACCUGCCUGGAGUUCACUUCAGUCUCCUAAAUUAGCAGACUGAAGUGACAUCAGUAACUCCGGUCCUUCUAUGGAUUAUCUCAUUGUCUCAUCUACUCAAGGGUAUUGAGACCUGUGGUUCUGCAGCCCAAGCUAUAAGGUCCGACUGUCGAUUCGCCGCUUACUUUUACUUUCAUUUUGGAAGUCUCCCAUAACAAUUCUGUAGAUGGGUCUUUCGAUGUCUUUGUACAUGGUUUUGCCACAUUAUUAGAGUAUGCUGAAGUCAGCGAGGUGAUAGACAAGCCCCAUUGAACGUACAUUAUACUUUGCUAAAUUUUCUUCCAUCAUGUGUGGUAGCCUACCGUAGCCCGGUUCUUUUCUCCCCUGGGGUUGGGACUAGCAUGCCCGGCGGGAGAAGGUGGCCUCUUUAGGCACGCGUUGCCAUGCUUGUCACGCUAGAUAGCAGUGGAUGAUGAGGUAUGUCUCCAUACUAAGUACUAUUUUCAACCGCUAUUCCACGGAUAUUGACGUGAAUCAAAUUUAUAAUAAUUUUUUUUUAACAUUACAUUUAAAUUAAUGACAAUAUUUUUAUGUGUUGCUUCGUUUUAAAAUUGUAUAAAUAAACAUUUUUAGUAACCAACUUUUUUUGUGAUUAAGUAUACUUUACCAUCAUAUCUUCCAUUAUUUAUUCAUUUCUAUGCUAAUUAUUACUUAAAGUUUAAUUAAAUAUUUAAAGUUUACUUUAAAUAUUUAAAAAUUAGAGUUAUAAUAUAGACAUAAGUAGGUUUUGUUUGUUAUUUUGGAAUUGAAGCAAACAUUCCUAAUCAAAUGGGUAUUAAGCCUUAUAUAUAGUUUUUUUUCUUAGAACAUAUAAUUUUUGACUUACCUAAGUAUAUCAUAUGUUAUUAAGUAAAGGUGAAAAAGCUGGAGGUGAUCAACAGCUCACAAUUACAUGACAAUUACGGUAUGAAAUUUUACUAGUUAAAAUUCGUAACUGAUUCAGAACUAUGAAUCUAUGUAUAUCGCGGGUUAGAAAUCAUUCAUCAUCAAUCAUUUUUAGUUCGUUAAAACGUGAUUUUUUUUAAUAAUUGUUUUUCACUUUUAAUGUAGUGAAUGUCAUUUUUCAAUUGAUUUUAAAUUCAGUUUUAGGUCCUGGUUAGUUAAUUUCAAAUCGAGUGCAAAUUUUGUAGCAAAUAGACAAAAUAUCUGGCUAUCCAUAUAGCCAAGAAAACGAAUUAAUGUUGAGAGUACCUAUGUUCAAUGUUGCAAGCCUAUAGCUAAAUGGCAGUUUAAUACGUCAUACCUAAAAAACGUAAUGUUUUUAUAAAUAUACAAUUUCAUGUACUUUUAAGUAAUAGCUAUUUUAAGUAAUAGUAUUGUUUAUAUAAUGAAGGUUUUGUGUAAGAGAAAUAAACGAUGCAUUA